GCGCCUUCCUUUAAAUAGUAAAAUGCCUUAGCUGUCUCUGAAAUAAUAAUAUUAUUACUACUACUUUUAGAUCCAGAGAACCCAGUAAUGACAUGUGACUAUGUGAGAGUUAUAAAUGAUUUUACAUAUGUGGAAGCAGGAACUAUAAUCCAAUACAACUAAUAGAGUCCAGGAAGCAGCUAAAGAAAUACGGAGGAACAAUAGACAUGGAAGUCGCAAGCAUCCUACACAUGAAUACAGGCGAUGGGAAAUCGAGUUAUGCUAGUAACUCGUUACUUCAGGAAACUGUUAUACGAAAAGCGCUACCCAUCCUAGAGCAUAUAAUCAAAGGUAUUAGCAAUCAUGAUCUAUUCUUGGGUCAGUGUUUCAAGAUAGCAGAUUUGGGAUGCUCUUCUAGUAAAAAUACACUAUUGGUUAUAUCUAACAUAAUGGAUAUAGUCAUCGAGGUGUGUAAAGAAAAUCGUUAUAAACCACCACAGUUUGAAGUAUGCUUAAAUGACCUCUUUGGAAAUGAUUUCAAUACCCUUUUCAAGUUGUUGCCUGAUUUUUAUGCAAAGCUUAAGAAGGAUAAGGGGAAACACUUCAGCCCUUGCUUCGUUUCAGCUGUUCCUGGUUCUUUCUAUUGUAGACUUUUUCCGGAUCAAAGUUUGCACCUUGUUCACUCUUCCUAUAGUGUUCAUUGGCUUUCUCAGGUACCAGAUGGCCUUGAAAGUAAUGCAUUAAAUAUAUACAUGGCAAAAACGAGUCCCCCGAAUGUGUUCGAAGCAUAUGGGGAGCAAUUUAAGACCGACUUCACAAAGUUUCUACAAAUACGCGCCGAGGAAAUUGUAUGUGGUGGGCGCAUGGUUUUAACAUUUGUUGGUCGGAGUGUUGUUGAUCCAUCUAGUGACGAGAGUUGCCGUCUAUGGGAGCUACUUGCACAAUCACUUCUGGACAUGGUAAAAGAGGGGCUGGUUCGUGAGUUAGAUAUAAAAUCAUUCAAUGUGCCUAUUUAUUAUCCAUGCGAGGAUGAAGUUAGGAAUGUUAUCCAAAAUGAGGGAUCGUUUUCUCUCGAAAGAUCGACUACUUUUCACGUCAACUGGGAUCCACAAGACAUGGAUUACAAAAAUUUGAAUGAUUUUGAUGGCCCCAGCCAAAUCCAUGGGGAAAACACAGCUAAAGCAGUCAGAGCUUUUACAGAACCCUUGUUGACAUCGCAUUUCGAUAAAUCCAUUAUUGACGAACUAUUUAAGAAGUAUAAGAAACAUGUGGCCAAACACCUUUGUAAUACCAAGACAAGAUUCUUUAAUUUUGUCAUUUCAUUAGCUAAAAAAUAAACAAUUUGCAUGUUCAAGUUAUUGUAUUUCUUAUUCUAAGUUCUCAUGAUGUAAUGUAAUGAAUUAGAAUCUUGUAACUUUAUGUUUUCUUAAAAGUUGUUUUGGAAUG